AUAGACAUCUUUUAACAUACUUCUAGACUGAAAUCACUUCACACUCCAGCACAUGUGGUGGCGGUAUGCUCCAUAAAAUUGGUAUGCGACCCGCCAAUAAAUCCAAAGAAGAAGAAAAAGAACAAAAAGAAGAAGAACUAGGAACCGGGGAAUGUGACGUCACCAGGAAACGUUUUCAAAACAACAGCAGUAGCCAAAGAUAUAUAAUCUAAAACUACAGUGUGCGGUGACCGUGUAAUUUAACUGUAAACUACAAAACAUGUCCGAAAAUAAAAGCUCACAUCAGUGGUCUUCAGAGGAAACCAGUGUGCUGCUCGCGAUAUGGUCUUCCACAGAGAUCCAGGACAAACUGAAGAGCUCGAAAAGGAAGAUAACAGUUUACGAUGAGAUAAGCAAAGAAAUGCUGAACGGUGGCUUCAGUCGCUCGACCGACCAAAUUAUCAACAAGUUAAAAAAGCUUAAAAUGGAGUACAGGGACCUGAAAAGGAAACCAAGUAAAAGUGGACAGAUUAAUAAAACAUUCGACCACGACGUUAUGGAGUCUGUGCUAGGACACCUAACGUUUCCACCCAGUCAGCUGACCGAGGCCUUGGAUUCAGCGACAGCCACGCUCGAGACCAACACGGACUCUGCGGUGUCUGUAGCUGAGCUAGGCAGCAAAAGAGCGGAGCACAAAAACACAUAUCACUGGUCUUCAAAGGAAACCAGUGCACUGCUUGCUAUAUGGUCUUCCACAGACAUCCAGGAGAGAUUGGGGAGCUCAAAAAGAAAGAAAAGAGUGUAUGAGGAUAUUUACCAAGAGAUGGUAAAAGCUGGGUUUGAUCGCACAACCGACCAAAUCAUAAACAAACUGAAAAAACUAAGAAAGAGGUUCAGUGACAAAAACAAGGAGAAGAGUAAAAGCGGCAGCCAAUGGAGCAAUAAAACAACUAACUAUGAUGUUAUGGGCACUGUGCUGGAACGCCUGCCAGGGAAUCAAUUUACUGAAGUAUUCAAUUCAGCAACAGCCAUGCUUGAGACAAAUGUAGAAUCGCUGUCUUCUGCAGCUGAUCUUGACUCUUCAGCGGAGGAGGUGCUGGACCAAGCUGAAACAUUCUUCAGCCCUUCUCAAUCCCAACCUAGAAAGUCUCUGCGAACAACCAGAAUAAAGAAGAGAGAUUCAAACCAGGAGCUGCUGGAAUACUUGAAAACAGCUGAUGAACGGUUUAUGGCACACGCCAAAGAACUUAAUACUGCAACUCUUAAUAAAAUGGAUGAAGCCACAAAUUCUAUGCUGGGACUAUUGGGACGCAUGGUAGCGCUAAUGGAGGAACAGCAGGGAAUCAAGCCAUGAACACAGGAUUCCUUUAGUGCAUUUUAUUCUCAUUCGCGUGCUUCUUACAUUUCAAAGUCAAAGCAAAACCAAAACUGAUCCUUAAGUUACUUUCUCAAUAUAGAGAGCAUGACCAGCUUCACAUGGAAAUGAUGUAGCAAACACAGAUGUGUUUGACAGGAGUGAAGGUAAAGGCUUCUAACUUCUAGCUACAUCACAUUAACCGUAAAUAAGCUGUGUUCUUGUGUUUACUGUAUUUGAUUUAAAUUUGUGUGGGGUGAAAUUUCAGUGAUUUAUGGGAAACUAUUAGGACACUGUUGAAGCUGACUUCAAACUCCCUUCAUGACUUUGAUUAAAAGACCACAGAUGAAAGAUGCCGAUGUCAACGAGCGUACAUCAUGCACCAUAAAGCACCCAACAGAUUUCACAGUCAUACCUAAUACCUACAUUCUAGCUGACACAGCCUGAACAAUAACUGUAGUUCUGGUUGAGUCAGUUCCCUCUUUCCUUUUUCCCUUCCUAAAAUGUGUACUGAUGGCCAAAAACGAGGAUUUUCCCCUUCUCUACAUAAAAAAAGCAUCAACAUACAGGAUUUUGCAUAAUGGAAUUUCCUUUGCUGUUAACUAUAAACAGUUGUUACAUUUGUCUACUUUUUGUGAGUCCACGGUGUGUUCACUUGUCACUGCUGUGUGUGUGUGUGUGUACUUGAAUGGGUUAAAUGAAGAGCACCAAUUCCAGGUAUGGGUUACCAUACUUUGCAAAUGUCACGACUU